UGCAAAGGAAAACAAUCGCCGAACAGCGGUGUGGGUCGCUUUUUCUGCAUUUUCUUUGAAGAUUUGUGGGAUUAUCGCAUAAAUUUACUUAAUAGGAACCAUGCCGGUUAUAUGUGCGGUAUCGGGGUGCAACAAUAAGUUUGUGAAAGGGUCAGAAAUACGAUUUUACAGGUUUCCACUCAGCAAACCUCAACUUGCCAGCAAAUGGGUGCAAAGCCUGGGAAUGAGGAACUUCAUCCCAACUGCCAACACCUGCCUCUGCUCGGAGCAUUUCAGAGCUGACUGCUUCAGAGACUACAACGGGAAACAGUUCCUGAGGGAGGAUGCGGUGCCCACCAUAUUUAACAAUGGGAAGGAUUCAGGAAAGAUUGAACUUCGUAAGAGAGUGGCCCCUAAAGAGACAAAUGCUGCGAGCCCGGUGACCACACAGUCAGAGGGAGACAGAGCGAGAGAGGCCGCUGGUUUUAGGAGAGACAAAAGAGGAGGAAUAAGGGGCGGACGAGGAAGCCGUGGAGGAAAACAGUUCAGUGACAGACAAGCAUUGGCAGCAAAGAGCAGAGUUUACGACAGUAAAGGGCGACUUCUCUCCAACAAUAAGGACAUGUGUGACUGUCUGGACGUGGACUGUAUGGGCUGCUUCUACCCCUGCUCCGAGUGCGGCUCACGGAAGUGUGGAGUGGAGUGCCGCUGCGACAGGAAGUGGCUUUACGAGCAGAUGGAGGUGGAGGGAGGCGAGAUCAUCCGUAAUAAGUUUGCUUUCUAAUCAGCAGUGACUCUUUAGAUGCUCUGUCAUGAUACCAGGGAGUCUUCUAGGAAUCAAAAUGUCCUCACUCCAUUUAUUCAGCAACUAUUAAAGACUGACGCUUCAAGGAGGAGAUGUUCCAGAGUGUUUAAAUGAUAUUUAUCAGAGUUUUGAAGCUACAGUCUGUGGUAGAAAGCUGUGCAGAUCAAUGUUAAUAUUCAGCUCAGUCUUGAAUGUUCCUUUUGUUGCUCACAAAGAUGAUCCCCCUAUUUCCUUCCUGUGAAAAUGUUACUCGAUUGUUGCUUUAUUUUGUAAAUAAACCUUUUUUUGUACUUUUAA